AUUUUUCUGAGCUGAUACUUUCUUGAAAUGCCGGCGUUUGACGUCUCUGAUUCCGACUCAAAACCAAUCUCAAGGCCUGGUUUCGAGAUUCUGAGUCUUCUUUCAGUCAAAUGUUACCAGGAGUUUGCCGUCAAAACAAUAUUGCAAGCAUUAAAGAUCAGCGAAGACAAUUAUUACUCUUUACUAAGAAAGUAUCGAUGGUGCGGGGACCACUUGUUUGAGGCAUGGUUUGAGGGUAUUCUCAUCUCCUCGCCAUAUCUACCACUGCCAUGUUCCACCGACGAUAAUGAUGAUGAUGAGAUUACUCUAUCACAAACGCUGCACCCACUCUUUGUUGACAUCGAUGUUGUACAACCGCCGCACUCACCCUUUGUGGACAUCGAUGUUGCACAGAUUGCGUGAGAGAUUGAUUUCUGUUGCAGUAAGAGGUGGACCAUCCAUUUUGGAAAAGAAGUGUCCAGCGCUUGAUUGCCAACACAAUCUAGGAUUGUCUCUCAUAGAGUCACUCGCAUCUCGUGAAAUUGUAACAUUUUAGAGAUUUGCAGAACUUUCCUAAGUUGA